AUGAUUCCCUUCUAUUCUCCUCCUCUGAAGGGAGGGGUAUGGGCGCUUUGCUGGCGCACUCUCAACUUAUGGCUCAAUCCUCCGUGGGAGGAUUUAGAGCGUCUUUUUCUCAAGGUCGUAUCCGAUAAGGUGGUGGGCGUGACGGUCUGUUGCAUUGGUUUUCGCCAAGACAAUGCGUCGGACAAGGGUGAGACCACUCCAUCAAGAGAGAAGUCUCCCGAAGAAAGAGCCCGAGGGCCAAAUAUUGCCUCAACUUUGAAGCUUGCAUUUACGAAGCCAAGAAGUGAGAUACAGGGUGUGUCUAAGGACACCCCAGCUAAUCCUUAUAAGGAAUCUCAGAAAGAAGUGUCACUGAUUGCGGUAGAAGAUUACGAACCUCAGAGGGUACCGCCAAAGGAACAUGAAGAGGAGAAAAGCUCGAAUAGCCAACCCGAAUCAAAGUCCAAGCCCACCGAGUCAACUCGCAGAAGCAUGUUAACUGCUGAAAAUACUGAACUCAAGAAUCAAUUAUCUGCUCUUAAACAGAGUCUAGCCAUUGAACACGUAGAUCGCAUGUAUGGAUCUGGAGAAAACCCAGAGCGCUUUCACGAACACCUUUCUCCUGGAACCACAAAAGCUCUGCAGAAAUGGACUGAAUGCAAAUUAGAGAAGCCGCCUUCAAAAAGGUAG